CCAGAACCCUGGAAUAGGAAAAUAUAAACGUGCAAAGGUUAAUCAGGAUCAUUAUCACUUCGAGUGCUGAAUUUCAGUUGUUGUGAUCACAUUGCACUUUGGUCGCCAUCUAAUCUUGCAGUUCACGUUUACGUUUCUGUGAGGACUAAAUUAAUUAUUUAUCGAAACAUUUAUGAUUUUCUAUGAGCUAUCGAGCUGACGCAGACGGACGGAAACAACCGAAAGCAAGCCAAGAUGAGUCUGUAUUUCACGUAUGCAAGCAACAUGUUGAGGGAACGAUUGCUCAUGAAUAAUAUAUCACUGGCAUUCGUCACGAUUGGCAAGCUGGCAAAUUACAGGUUACGUUUCGCUGAGCAUCCCAAGUGGCCGGCAGAGUUGACAUGGAAGGGCGCCAUGGCAACUAUUGACCAAUCAAAAGGGGACUCUGUAUGGGGCGUGGUCCUCAAAAUCAACAAAGCUGAUCUUCCGCUGCUCUAUGAGCAAGAGACCGUUAACAAAGGGUUCUACCGUCGCUUGGACCCCGUCACUAUCACGUCCCCAGGACCAGUCCCAGAAGAUCUGCGGUGCUUCACGCUGCAAAUGGUGGAUCCGAUCUUCGGAAAGAAACCCUCGCCACACUACCUGAAGGUUAUCCUUGCGGGAGCUAGGCAGAAAUGUCUACCGGAUGACUACCAGAAAUCCCUGGCCGACGUGGAGCACAACGGCUACGACGGGCCGCUGCCAUUGUUCGACGAGAUUAUGAAAAACGUUCACUAGUUAUGACUCAGUAAUCCUUAUUUGCGUAUUAUAACAUACAGAAAAACUCAGUAAUUAUGAGUUAAAGCCCGAGUCCAUCAUUUGCAGCUAUCCAAAAAGUAACU